CUCUACUUCUCUGUCCAUCCUCCAUCUCCCCAUUCUCGCAAGACUACCCCGCAGCAAUGUCGAAACACGGAUUCGCCCCGUUGAAGAACGACCUUCUGCUCCGCGCCGCGCGUGGUGAAAAGGUCGAGCGCCCUCCGAUAUGGGUCAUGCGUCAAGCAGGUCGCUACCUGCCCGAAUACCACCGCGAAAAGGGCACAAAUGACUUUUUCGAAUGUUGCCGAAGCCCCGAAAUCGCCUCGAAUUUGACCUUGCAGCCCAUUGACCGUUUUGAAGGACUCAUAGAUGGCGCCAUCAUUUUCUCAGAUAUCCUGGUGAUACCGCAAGCAAUGGGCAUGGAAGUCAUUAUGCUUCCUGAGAAAGGACCUCACUUUCCUAGCCCUCUGCAGAGCCCGGACGAUGAGCAGUUCAAGGAGGUCAUGGAGCGAGAAGUGGAUGUGGUGAAAGAGCUGGGAUACGUCUACGAUGCUAUCACUUUGACGAGGAAGAAGCUGGACGGACGAGUUCCCUUGUAUGGAUUCUGUGGAGCGCCUUUCACGUUACUGUGCUACAUGGUCGAAGGUGGUGGUACAAAGGUGUUCAGACAGACCAAGACUUGGAUCUACAAAUACCGUGAAGCCGCCAAGCAGUUGCUGCAGAAGAUUGCGGAACUCUGUGUGGAGUAUCUGGCGCACCAGGUCGUGGCUGGUGCGCAGAUCGUACAGGUGUUUGAUUCCUGGGCUGGAGAAUUGAGUCCCGCGACGUUCAAGGAGUUUUCGCUGCCUUAUCUGGAGUGGAUUGCCGAUCAUCUGCCUAAGAGAGUACAGGAGCUUGGUGAGGAAGUCGUGCCGAUGGUUGUGUUUGCCAAAGGAGCCUGGUAUGCACUCGACCGGCUCUGCCAGACCAAGUACAAUGUGGUGGGACUGGAUUGGUUGCACGAUCCCAAAGAGGCGUAUGCCAUUGCGCAGAAGCAUGGAAAGGUGGUGCAGGGCAACGCAGAUCCUGGUGUGCUGUAUGGUGGACACGAGGCCAUCACGAAAGUUGUUGAAGAGAUGGUGUCCGGCUUUGGAGGUGGAAAGCAAGGCUGGAUCGCCAAUCUUGGCCACGGCAUUACCCCUUGGGUCAACCCAGACGACCUCAAGUUCUAUUUCCAGGAGAUCCACAGAUUAUCAGGUAGCUCAUCAUGACUUGCCACGAGUGCUCAUGGUGAAAUGCGCAUGCCAACUACAAUGUUAUAGGUCAACACCAGGAUGAAAAGAUGCCGAAGGUUGCCGACAUCAAGGCAGCAGAACAGAAGAUGCAUGAACGAAACAUCUUGCACGCCGACUGGUAGCAGCAGCAUCAAACUGCCGGGCCUCUGAACAAGCAGCCUACAGAUGCCGAUGGGCAUAUGCAGCCGUCAUGGAAGUCAGGAUGCUGACACAAGUAUAGUAGCAAGGUACUCUUUCAGAUGGCUUGCAACAAUGUGAUGAGAAGGGAUUCAGAGAUCGCAUGUACGAUCGGCAUGCACGACUUUGUGAGCAGAAGACGCACGACACAACGCUUGUCCGUCGGUCUCCAGGCUGCAAUUCGAACAUGUACAGACCUACUUGUCCUCACCAAUAUCUUCAUACCAGUCUUCAGGAUGCGCCUUGAUAAAGUCCUUCAUCAGUUGCUCUGCCUCUGCAUUCUUGAGAUUGAUGACUUCAAUGCCCUUGCGUUUGAGGUGCUCUUCACCUCCAACAAAGGUAUUGUUCUCGCCCAUGACCACACGCGAGACUUUGUAGAGAAUACAGGCUCCGGUGCACAUAUCACAGGGGCUCAAGGUAGUGUACAUUGUUGAACCUCUAUACGCAGAGGCGGGGAGUCUGCCAGCAUUUUCGAGCGCAGAGGUUUCGCCAUGCAGAAUUGCACUGCUUUUCUGCACUCUCAUGUUAUGUCCUCUACCCAGAAUUUUGCCAUCUGCGGCGACGAGACAUGCUCCAAUGGGUACGCCACCUUCUGCGAAACUUUUUUUGGCUUCUUCCAAGGCAGCUAUGAAGCCCGCAUCAUUGGCGGACAUUUUUCUCAGCGACGAGGUGUAGUGAAU